AUGAAUGACAUGGGUAAACGGAGCAGAAAUAAUGUUGCACAUAUUGCUAUAUUAACAGGACCUCAGAGCCAGUGUCUGCACACAGUGGCAUUUGGAUCCCCGGAAUGUGUUUAUCCUUAUGAGUUCAUGCUCUUCAAUUAUAUGCCCAUCCUUAAG